AAACUGUUGGAGUUGAACAACCUUCACUCCCUGGUGUCGGUGGUGUCCGCUCUGACGAGCGCUCCUAUCUUCAGACUCAGCAAAACCUGGGCGUUGAUCAGUCGGAAAGACAAGGGCACAUUUGAGAAGCUCAACUAUCUGACAUCCAAGGAGGAGAACUACACCUGCAUGAGGGAAUACAUCCGCUCCCUGAAGAUGGUGCCCUGCAUCCCAUACCUCGGGAUCUACCUGUUGGACAUGAUCUACAUCGACUCAGCCUAUCCUGCUUCAGACAGCAUCAUCGAGACGGAGCAGCGGACCAACAAGAUGAACAACCUCCUGAGGGUCAUCUCCGACCUGCAGGUGUCCUGCAACUAUGAUUACUUGGUGACUCUGCCUCAUGUCCAGAAGUAUCUGCUGUCAGUUCGCUACAUCGAGGAACUCCAGAAGUUUGUAGAGGAUGACAACUUCAAGCUGUCUCUAAAGAUUGAACCUGGCAACAGUUCCCCUCGCAUCGCUUCCUCUAAAGAAGAUCUGGCAGGUCUGUCUGAGGUGUCGGCCUCCAUGAGGUACAGCCGGCGGCCCACCUGCCCUGACACCUCUGUGGGGCUUCGGAUCCCCACCCCCCCGCCCUCUCACCACAGGAAGAGCCAUAGUCUGGGGAACAAUAUGAUGUGUCAGUACGGCAUGUCAGAGAGCAGGAGCGCCACGUUUCCCAUCGAGAAAGCCCGCCACCUGCUGGACGACAGCUUCUUAGAGUCCAACAGCCCGGCCAGGAACGACCCGUACAGCAACUCUGUGUCCAACGGCCUGUCCAUGGGCAGCAGUGAAAGCUCUUUUGGGGAGGAGCUGUCUCCUGGAAUGGAGAGGGGCCGCAUGUACGCCACACUGGGCCCCAACUGGAGGGUCCCUCUCCGAAACUCCCCCCGGAGCCGCAGCUAUGUUUACAGCUCCUCCGCUGCCAACUCCUGCUACGGCUGCAGCGAGGAGGACAACGUGACUGUUGAAGGACCGCUGAGGAGGAAGACCCUUCUGAAGGAGGGGCGCAAACCCAAGUUGUCUUCGUGGACCAGAUUCUGGAUCACUCUGUCUGGAUCAACUCUGACUUUCUUUGGGGCCAAAGCUCUGAGGGCCUCUGAGAGAAAACAUUAUAAGUCCAGCCCCUGUAAGAAGGUGUGUGUGACGGGGUGGAUGGUGGUGCUGCCAGACAACCCGGCCAGACCCAACAUCUUCCAGCUGAACGACCCUGACAAAGGAAAUGUUUACAAGUUCCAGACAGGAUCCAGGUUCUCAGCCAUCAUCUGGCACAAAAACCUGGAGGAGGCGUGUCGGAGCAGCAGACCUGAGAUACCAGCAAACCUCAUGUCAUUUGAAUGAGAGCAGACUCCAACCAGCGGGACGUUAAUGUGCCAAACUCAUGGGGUUAGGGAAGCAGAGACUCAAACAUGGACCCCAGUGGAGAGAUGAAGAAGUGAUGAUGAUGAAGAAGUGAUGAAGAAGCUGGAUACGUGACUGUGUACGCCAACACCUGCUUUCUUUCUUUACCAGGACUAAAUUAAAUGUGAACUGUGGACAAAUUGAGUUAAUGGAGGACUUUGUUAUGCUGCUUAAAACAUGUGAACAGCGUAUGUUUUUUGGCCCAUGUUGGGUUUCUGUUUGGGGGAGGAUGAGGAGCAGACCAGUGUUAUACAGCCUCUCCAUGGAGCUCGGGGUUUUAACACAGAAACCCCUUACCACUUUUAAUCGAGUGGUUACAUUUGUGAAUCUAUUUCUGCAUUUCAUCAUACCGGGAAAAAGAGUAGGAAACGACACGCAUCCCAAACUUGUGAACCUACGGAAAAUGUGACGGUUUUAUUAUCACGGUGGAAGAGCAGAGGAGGAGUCUUCAUCACCUUCAGCCCUGUGACUCACAGACUGAACAUGUUCAUAAAUCGUAGAAUUAGUAGUCGUACGUAAACACUAGGGAAGCAUGAAGAGGGCUUUUAGAGCCUGAAGGUCACUCACCCCCCCCCCCCCCCCCUCGCUACCUCAGCUGGUAGUCCUCCUGUUCAACAAGGUUUACAAAUAGCAACGAGUCACAUUUUCUACAGAACAAAUCUCAACACCAGGUGAUCAUUACAAUCAGUAGCCAAUCAGAGGAGCCAGCUGUUUCUAAGCAAUGAAGUACAAUACUUUGGGUGGGUGUAAAUACUGUUUUUAUUUGUAAAAGAGUUUAUUUUUUGACAGUUGGCCAUAAAAGGGAAACAUUAUAUUCGAUUCACCAAUCUAACACUCAAAAUGAAGGAAUGAGGGAAGACGUUGGUAAAUAACCUGCUUCAGAAGCAGCAUUGCAUUUUUUUUUUUAAGGGUAAUUGUUUAUCACAACUUGGAUUGUUUUGAAGAAGUUUGGACUCACAAAUGACAGAGAGAGAGGUGGUGACAUCCUUUUGUAACACUCUCUAGCGCUCCAACACAUUGUACGUGAAAGGCGAAGGGGCGGGAUAUAUCUAAGCGGUUGACCAAUCACAACAGAGCCGGCCAGCUAACCAAUCAGAGCAGACUGGGCCCUGGUUUCAGACGGAGGGUGAAAAGAGGUACAGGCAGUAUGAGAGAAAUAAAGAGCUUUUUAAACAUUAAAGCAAGGAGACAUGUCACAGUAGAGACACUACAUACCAAUAUGAAACUAGAAAUAGGGCCUCUUUAAGAUUAACAACCUUUAAGGAUGCAUCGGGAAACAAAGGGGUUCAAGAUAAUCUGAUUAAUAUGUUGGUUUGUUUCCAAUCUAUCUGAUGAUAUGAAGCUAAGAUCCCAGUUGUGAUAAACCUGAAUGGUCCUUUUAAGAGUAGAAACAUUUCAAUGGAGAAUAACUAAUUAACUAAUGCCAUAUUUCUAAUGUUUCCCUGUUGUAACUGUCAGUCAUUUAUUUAAAAUAUUGCAAAAAGAAGAUUGAGAAACAAUUACAGUACUUGUCAAGUGUAAUCAUGUAGUAAAGAAUUUCAUAAUUUUGAUGUUUUUCAUUCAUGUAUUGUCCUUGACUUAAAAAAAAAUGUGGACAACUUUUAACAUUUCUUCAACUAGUCCAAAUGUUGUGUGAUUCAGUCAUGAAGGCUGUGUUUAAUAUGAAGAGGACCACAGCUGUGAUUAAGCCCAUUCAAUACAAGUCUUAUCAUUUAUCGAACAGCUCAUUUCAGAAAAUCCAUUAGCAGCCCGCUGAAACUCGCCUAUUUUGAUUUAUCCGAGUGUGUAUGAAGGGUAUAAAUUGCAGAAAAAAUGGAAUUGCAUAACCCGAAAAAGUCUUUGCUAAUUCAUUUAAAAAAUAACAAUGAAAACCAAUGGUUGCUGGGGAGAAAACACACCAUGUGGUCCUUUUGAAACCACAGCACAUUUCUUCUUAUUGUGAAAGUAGAAUAUCAUUUCCAUCCAGUAAAAUAGACCAUAAAAUGUGCACACUUUACACUCAUCACCUGUGAAUUACUGAGCCUGUGUUUUGGUUUUUAUUAAGUAUUGUACUAUUUUAUUAUUGCAGACGAGCUGAACAAAGUGUACUGCAUUGAUGGAUAUUACUGCAUUACUUUUACGAUGAGUGUAAACAAACAUGUUGCCGUCAUGUCACUUUGCUGUUGAUGUACACUUUAUUCAACGUUUUUUAUUUCACACGCUAUUUGAAGACUACCACUUCAGUAAAUAUGUAUAAUUAAAGAAACAGUUGAACAUG